AUGGUUAAUUUGGAAUUACAAGGCGACAGUUUAAAUUUGAUUAAAACAAAGUCCAUCUUAUCAGCGUUUCUUGCCAGAGUUAAACUAAUGAAGCAAAAUAUUGGAUGGGGCGAAUUUUCUCAGUUCCCCAAUUUGUCACAGACAAGCUGCCAGGAAGACGACGUUUCAACUUACAUUCAACAUUUAAAUGCCUUCUAUUCAGAUUUUGAAUUUAGGUUUGAGGAUAUUUUGACUAUGGUAAUACCACCGUGGAUAAUUAAUCCAUAUGGUGACAUAGAAGAAACGAAUGUCAUAAUACAAGAGAAACUGACUGAACUAAGUACAAACGAAGAACUUAAGGUUCAGUUUAAAAACAGAUAUCAGCAAUUCUGGCUGCAAAACAACAUACCCGUUACUUAUCCCGUAUUAUGGAAUAUAGCAAGGAAAUUUUUAAUUUCCUUUCCAUCGUCAUACCUAGUGGAAAAAGCGGGUUCAGCGCUGUUACCAAUCUCCUAA